GGCAGGCAGGCAGAGCCCAGGAACACAUCCACGCACAUCCACACACAUACAGGCAAGCCUAGCUCCUCUCCGACAGAGGAGAGAGCGCACAGAGGGAUAAACACAGGCAGACCAGAGGAACGCGGCGGCGGCUCUCGUGUGUCUGCUUUGUGUGUGUGUGUGCGCGUGUGUAUGUGUGUGUGCGCGGGCGCGCGCUCGCUCGCUCGCUCGGUGCUCGAGACGACUAGCGGGGCGGAACAUGGAGGGGCUCGGGAAAAACGCUGGGAAGUGACCUCGAACCGAGGAGAAAGAUUGGGGGGAGACAAACGAACGGAGAGAGCGAGAAGAAGGACGGACUGACAGACGGACAGCUCGGACGGAAAGGAGGAGAGGAAGAAAGAAAGAGAGAGAGAGAGGGGGAGAAGUCUGACAGAGGAGAAAGAAGAGUGGGGAAGGGGUUCACCUGGAACUCUCAAGGAUUUUAAGGAGUGAGCCCUGGGCUGGAUGGGACCCACCAUGCCCCCCAGUAAGAAGGCCCAGAGCCCCAGCAGCGGGGCCAGCGCUUCGCAGGGCAUGAGCCCGCCCUACCGGCAGGGCGACCCAGCCACGGCGGCGUCCGAGGCCGAGGCGGCCGACCUCUCGCUCUCCCUGUCCGCCUCCUUCUCCAAGGCCGAGGACGAGGAGCUCACCAGCCUCUCCUGGCUCCACGAGAGCACCGACCUCCUCAACAGCUUCAGCCACUCAGGGCUGCGUAGUGUCUCCCCUCUGCAGGAUCCCGACAGUCAGCACCCACGUUCGCCUUCCUCCUCAUCACCGUCCCCAGACGACGCUUUGCUCGGCGACGUGCACUCGGCGUACGACCUGGCGACGGGGGCCAACCGGAAACCGCCGUACUCCUUCAGCUGCCUGAUCUUCAUGGCCAUCGAGGACGCGCCCAACAAGCGUCUGCCGGUGAAGGACAUCUACGGCUGGAUUCUGGAGCACUUCCCUUACUUUGCGAACGCUCCGACUGGCUGGAAGAACUCGGUGCGGCACAAUCUGUCGCUCAACAAGUGUUUCAAGAAGGUGGACAAAGAUCGCAGUCAGAGCAUAGGCAAAGGCUCCCUGUGGUCCAUAGAUCCGGAGUACAGGCACAAUCUGAUCCAGGCGCUGAAGAAGACGCCGUAUCAUCCUUAUUCGCCCAGUUUGGCCACACCUUCCACCUCCCCGCCCAGCCUGCCUCAGACGUUUCACCACAGUCCUCCAUUGUGGUCGGGGAGCCCCCUCUUCAGAAAGAACGGAGGAGUUCUGCUACAAGUUCCCCGCGGUGUGAUUCAGAACGGCGCUCGCGUCAGGAGCCAGGCCCUCUUCCCUGUCAUCAGACCCGUUCCCGUAAGCCCCGUGGGGAGCAGAACCUCGGCUAUAAGAUCAUCCCUGGGAGAUUACCUUAGCCAGGGAAAGGACAGCCCAUCCCGCUACUGCCCCAGCCCCGGCAGCGAGGACCUCCAGGACGACCACACCUACAGCACCGCUAAGUCCCCCAGAAGCCUGUCCCCCUCCGAGAUCACCAACCCUUCCUCCGCUCUGGAAGACGACGACAUCAUCGCCGUGGAGAUCCAGUCGGACGUCAAGCCGGAGCCCCGGGAGAUCCCGCUGGACUCUCACAUAGCCACAGCCGGCGGCGCUGCCGCCUACAUUUCCCAGCAGCCCCUGCGCGGACAAAGACGCAGCUCGGCGGCCGGAGCCGGGACUUUGCCAGGCAGCAGCCUGCCCUGGACCAAAAGCCGAGCGAGGGGCAUUAGUGACACGCUGCCGCUGAAGAAGCGGCGCGCGCCGGAGAAGCCGCCGGAGAGCGACGACGAGGAGAUGAAGGAGGCGGCGGGGUCGCUGCUCCACCUGGCCGGCGUCAGAGCCUGCCUCAACAACAUCACAAACCGCGCCGCCAAGGGCCAGAAGGAGCAGAAAGAGACCCUAAGAAACUAAAACAAAAAAAGCAUACGCAUUCAGACACCUUCAAGCACGCACACCCAACACCCCUCCACACACACACCCACAUGUACACAAAUAGGUAAACAGGUAACGUUACUACAGCAUUAGUCUCGACAGACACUCGUCAUCUCCCUCUAUCUAUCUGCAGGGCAUUAGGUGAAUCCUACUUAUUUGUGGCAAUAUCAAAAAUCAAUGUUUUCCUACAUGUUCAGCAACACUAACAUCAAUGGGUAUCUCUCAUGUGUCUAUGUUGGGUUUUUUGUUGUCGUUUUUAAAAAGGGGAUGAAAGCCAUAAAAAAAAAGCAUGUUUUGUCACUAAUUCGGGGCGAGCAGAGGAUGGCUGUUUGUCCUUUCCUGGUAUCGGUUCUUUUUUGUUUGUUUGUUUGUUUGCUUUGGGUUUUGUUUUGGGUUUUUUUUUUUCCCACAUUGAAUCUGUAGCAAUCUCUCAGCGAUGCCAGCUAACGCGGCGGAGACCCACCUCUUCAGGGGGCGGGGGCAUCGCUCUCCUACACCCACGAGCACAAACGUGAGACUGUGCCAAAGAUACGCGACCAGGUUGCUUCAUGUAGCCAAUGCGACAGCCGACGGAGAAGAAGGAAAAAAAAAACAAAAAAAACAAAACUGAAAACAGAGAAGGCAUCGUAGUAAAGAGCUGAAGAGAGGAGUAACCUCAAGUGUCAAAGUAAAAUCCAAUGUGAUGUAUAUUCAAUGCACUUAAAAUUAUUUUAUGCCACUUACAUGGAGAAAAAAACCCUGGUUUACUUCAAGAGCACUCAUAGUAUUUAAGAAUAAAAUAUCUUAAAAUAAAAAAUUGUUUAAAAAAUAGAAAAAAAAAAAAAAGAAGUCAUGUCUAUCACAAUAGAGACAGAUAGCAAGCCGGGUCUGAGGCAAUAUCUCCUUCAUUUUUGUUGUUCUUGUUGCAUCACGUAGACGUCGUCCCUGAAACUCGCUCAGUACCUCCGUUCAGAGAUCAUAGCUAUACCCAGUAGCUGCCACAACUUCCUGUCCAGCCGACAACGCCAACUUUCCACAUGCGAUCCGCUGGGCUCGGGCCUCUCCUGUCCGUUCGUGUCCCCGUCUCUAAACCCUCUCACUCUACCUUCAUAAAGAUAUAAGCAAUUUGUCCCGCGUGGGCAACUCUGUACAAAGGUUAGAAAAUAUUUUAUUUUUAUUUUCCCUUUUUCUUAAUUGAAGCAAUUUGACCUGCAGGACUUUCUCAGUUAUAUUGCAUGGGUGCUUGUAAAUAAGAUGAGAAGCAAAAUCUUUUUUAUUCAAAGAUUCAUGUAAGAUAAACGAUGUAUUUAGCAUGAAGCAUGACUUAUUUUCAUAUAAACCUUGAUCCUAGAGGAAAGGAAAAAAAAAAACAAUUUUUUUUUUUCUUCUGCCAAUUCUAAUACCUGUGAUUAUUAUGGAGUUUUUUGUUUUGUUUUAUCAGGGUUGUUUUUUUUCUUUCUUCCUUUGGAAGUGGGCAUGUCUUCAGGCAGGAACAUAGAUUAGAGACCUCCACCCCCGAUGAGGGGUGGCUGGUGAAACCUCUAGGCUUCGGACUUCAGGGCCAGCAGAAUCGCCUCUUUUGAGGGGCGGCGGGAUGAGGGGGUGUAGGGUGGGCUUCCGUCUACUUCUGCCUGUUGGUCUUGUUUCUUUUCAGCGUUUUAGUUUCGGAUUUGUCGGAGUGGGCUUUUCAACGACACAUCUUCAGGCAGCAACAAUUAGAAAACCCCCUUCGGGUUUGAUCACCUCUUUUCGGCGAGGGUGGGCUUCUGUCUUCCUCUACCCGACUGUCUUUCUUCUUUUUUGUUUGUUUUGUUUGUGGGGUUUUUUGUAGAUUUUUCUUGUAGGUGUUCAGUGUUAUCCCCACAUCCCCUCCCACCCCCGGUGUGUCACUACAGAUCUCGUCUGUGGAGUGUGUGAGCCAGUGUGUCCGAGAACACACACACGCCCUUUAAUGUUGUGCCUGCUUCCCUGCCUGCCGUCAGUCGCUCUAUUUACACAACAGAGCGCCACCUAUAUUUAUUUAUAACAGUAUUGUUUUGUUUUGUUUUUGUUUUUUUUGUUGGGGUGGGGUGGGGGAUUUUUUUCUUUUUUCUUUUCCAGCGUGUAGAUGUACAUGUGUCCUUACUUUCCAUUGACAUUGUUCAGUGUAAAUGUAUGAAUCAGUUGGGCAUGGAAAACUCUGUAGGUGUCCUGAAUAAAUCUCAAAUUUCCCCUCCCCCUCCCUUUCUAAAUGGGAAAAAUGGCUACCUUGCAGGAAACGAAGAGGAAGAAAUGUUGUUUUCUAAGUUAAAUACAGUAUUUCAAAUUCUUUAAUUUAAGAAGAGGCGUGCUGCCAUUGUAGAGGACAAAACACGGUAGGAAACUUUAAAGGGCAUAUAUUAUUAUUAUCGUUUUUAUUUUCUUAACGUCUUUCUUACCAAAAUCAGGAAAUGUGUAAAGAUUCUGCAAAGUGACGGCGCAGCCAAACGCUCCCGAAGAGCAACGCCAAACACAGGCAUCGGUGCGAAAUACAAAGGCGCCAAAGACGAGUGUCGUGAUUGCAAAGUGUCCAGCUUGAGGUCAUAACGUGAGAAAUUGAAUGAUUAACCCCAUAAGGCCUCAGUUUCAAAUGUCAGCCUGGAUAUUUUUGCUCACUUUGAUUGCAGUUUAAUUGUUCUUUAAAUGUCACAGCUUGGGUUUGACAUCCUGGCCAGUAAAAUUUGAAGCCAGCCUAACCAGAGAGCUCUGAAGUUUGUCCCUUAAAACAGCAUUUCUGUUUCACACUGAAACCGAACUUUAAGGUAAUAAAUCCUCACAUACGACCAAACUGCAGUUACAGUUAAAUUCUCUUCUUCGUUUGGCUCCGACACGGAGAAACAGCUGAAGCUAUUUAGCAUUUUGUACUGACAUAACAGAAAAGUGUUGUUGGAGGCAGCAAUUUCUUAUCUGACACACUUAAUGCUCACAAACAACAAGCUAAUGUUGACUCUGCAUAAACUAUGUUUUUUCCACCUUCUCUCAAUUUUGAGGUUGUUCUUUCCCUUCAGUCAAAAAAAAAAUUCCAAAGGGUUUCCAACAUAGAAACCUUUUCGCACACACUCGACAAAUCCUGGUUGAUGAGGCCUAUCAGACACCAUACAUGGCGCUUCCUGUUUUUAGAUAAUCGUCGACUUUUAUUGUACUGUCAAAAAAAAAGUGAAUUGGAUUUAUUUGUUUGGAAAGGCACACUUUGAACAUUUUCUAUUUUUAAACAGUCUUUGUUUUGUUUUGGGUGGGGGCCGGGGGUUAUGAGAAAUGAUGUAAAACUUUAAAGAAGAGUGCGUCAAAGUCCUAAUUUUCUGUCAGCUGGGGUUGUUUUAGAGUCGCAGAGACGGAAGAGGUGUGUGUUUUAGGGUUUUUUUUAAGCUGACUAGACUCUGAGCGAUUAUGAGCAGGACAAGCCGGAAAAACAAACGCAUGUCCCAUUCACCGUUACGCUCCUUUUGCCACCUGUAGCAUGCAUCGCUGGCUUUCCAUUCCGCGCAUACAGGGGAAAAAAAAGGCCAAGAGGAGACGCAGUCGGAGCGUCUGGCCGUGUGCCAUCCGUCUCGUUUCUGUCUGAGCGUUCCCGCGGCCCCGGGUCGAUGAUCACUCGGCUGCUUCAGACGUAACAACCCCUCCCACACACACACUCUUGCAUUGACAAGUAAAAA